CGCCACUAAUCCCAACACUACAAAUUAUAGGUCGCAUCCAUCUCGCUCCACACAGACUCCCUGCGACUCCCCACCAGCAACUUCACAUUUGCUUAAGACAGUACAAAGCUGAUAAAAGAGCAGAAGAUAUGGCUGUGGUUAGUGGAACUUACCGUAUGGUGUCGGAGGAGGAGCAGGCUCUCAGGGCAAAGCUGGAACGUCUCACCGUCAAGGACCACGGGCCAGUGUUUGGACCCUGCGCUAGCUUGCCGGACCACACCAAGCAGAAGGCCAAGGACGAGCUGAAUGAGACAGAUGAGAAGAAGGUGGCAGCAGUGAAGGAGCUGCGCGAAAUGAUCAAGGAGAAGGCAGAUGCAGGUGAUGACCUGGCCAAGGGGGUGCAGGACACGUUUGGAGAGAAACCAGACAGUUUGCUGGUCCGCUUCAUCCGGGCCAGGAAGUACGACGUGCCCAGAGCCUUCGACCUAAUGAAGGGCUACGUGCGGUUCAGGAAGGAUUACCCCGAGCUGUUUGAUAAUCUGACCCCAGAGGCCGUACGCAGCACCAUUGAGGCCGGCUACCCCGGCAUCCUGCCGAGCAGAGACAAAUACGGCCGCGUGGUUCUGCUCUUCAACAUUGAGAACUGGGACUACGAGGAGAUCACCUUUGAUGAGAUCCUGCGUGCCUACUGCGUGAUCCUGGAGAAGCUUCUGGAGAAUGAGGAGACUCAGAUCAACGGGUUCUGCAUCAUUGAGAACUUUAAGGGCUUCACCAUGCAGCAGGCGUCUGGAAUCAAACCCACUGAGCUCAAGAAGAUGGUGGACAUGUUGCAGGAUUCAUUCCCUGCCCGUUUCAAAGCUGUGCACUUCAUCCACCAGCCCUGGUACUUCACCACCACCUACAAUGUGGUCAAACCACUCAUGAAGGGCAAGCUGCUAGAGAGAGUUUUUGUCCAUGGAGACGAGCUGGAAAACUACUACAAGGAGUUUGACGCUGACAUCCUUCCCUCUGAGUUUGAUGGGAAAGGUUCCAAGUACGACGGCAAUGCCACAGCAGCCAAGCUGUUCGACUAAACCUCGUCCCUCCAUUUGCACCAACCAGGCGAAUAGCCAUUAUAUAUUACAAACCCCACAGACUGUGGAGACUCAAAGGCCAAAUCUAACUGUGUGGUUGUGGGAAGAAAACAUUAUGAAUGAAAGGCACAAGUGUGUGAGAAGUUCAAGUGAUGUUGUUUUCCGGGGUUCCUGAUGAAGCACAGUCUAACAGGAACAAGGCAGUCAAAGCCACUUACCCUCAGUCAAUAAAGCCCCUUCUCUAGAAAACCAUUUGGUUGCUACUUAAGCAUCUCACAAUUCCUCUUUUUUAGCACUGGACAGAUUGUUUAACAAUGCAUGUGUAUUAAGACUUUUGACUUUUUAGGCAACCAUUGACUUCACAACAGCAUCUUGUGAAAAUCAACCUUAGUUUAAAGACUAAAAGCUCGAAAUAGACAAUUCAUCACAAUAAAAA